AUGGAUAGUGUCAUGGUGAGCAUACUUAGUGUGAUUUUUAGUGUGGAGUUCAUCACAGGAACUUUAGGAAAUGGAUUCAUAAUCAUGGUGAACUGCAUGGACCUGGUCAGGAGAACAAAGAUCUCUGCAUCUGAUUACAUGCUCACUGCUUUGGCCAUCUCCAGGAUCGGUCUGCUGUGGUUAUUGUUCACAAAGUGGUGGACCCACGUGUUCUACCCAUCUUUCUUCAUCAGUGUAAUGACGGUAAGAAUAACUUAUGUUAUUUGGACCGUGACUUGCCAUUUUAAUGCCUGGCUUGCUACCUGCCUCAGCAUCUUUUAUUGUCUCAAGAUAGCUAAUUUUUCUAACUCUGUUUUUCUUUACUUCAAGUGGAGAGCUAAAAAGGUGGUGUCAGUGACCUUGUUGGUGUCUCUUAUUCUCUUGCUUUUAAAUAUUUUCCAGUCAAAAACACAUAUGGAUGUCUGGAUUGGUGAAUAUAAAAGAAACAUGUCUUACAACUUCAGUUUAUAUGAGUUUCCUGAGUUUUCAAAUUUUCUUUUAUUUAGCAACACUGUAUUCACAUUCAUAGCCUUUGCUCUGUCCCUGACAUCUUUUCUGCUGCUCAUCUUCUCCCUGGGGAAGCAUCUGAAGAGGAUGCAGCUUAAUGCCCGAGGGUCCAGAGACGCCGGCACCACGGCCCACAUGAAAGCCUUGCAAAGUGUGGUUGUCUUUCUCCUGCUGUACACAGUUUUCUUUCUGUCACUCUUAACACAAAAUUUAAGAUAUCAGUCUUUUCUUCUCUUUUGUCAUGUUACUACGAGCGCCUUUCCUUCAGUUCACUCCUUUGUAUUAGUUCUGGGAAAUAUUAAGUUGAAACGGGCCUCUUUCUUGUUGUUGAGAAGACUGAGGUGUGGAUCCAGCAAUGCUGAAUCUCCCGGUUCAUAG